ACAAAGGUAACAGCGCUGCCCGGCACGGCUAAUGGCUGAUCGAGUGCUUGUGAUUGGCAGUGGAGGGAGAGAGCAUGCUCUGGCCUGGAAAUUGGCCCAGUCCCCACACGUGAAACAAGUGUUUGUCGCUCCAGGAAAUGCAGGAACAGCUGACAAUGGAAAAAUUUCAAAUUCAGCUGUGUUAGUCAGCAAUCAUACUAUUGUUACCCAGUUCUGCAAAGAUCAUAACAUUGGACUUGUGUUAGUUGGACAAGAAGCUCUUUUGGCAGCUGGGAUCGUUGAUGACUUGAGAGCAGCUGGAGUUAGAUGUUUUGGGCCAUCUGCAAAAGCAGCCCAGCUGGAGUCCAACACCAGUUUUGCCAAAGCUUUUCUGGAUCGACAUGGGAUCCCAACAGCAAGAUGGAAAGCUUUCACCAAUCCUCAAGAAGCUUGUAGGUUUAUUACCAGCACAGACUUUCCUGCACAAGUUGUACGGGCAAGGGGGCCUGCUGCUAGAAAAGAAGUGACUAUUGCAGCCAGCAAAGAGGAAGCCUGCAGAGCUGUCCAAGAGAUUAUGCAGGACAGAAUGUUUGGAGAGAUGGUUGUCAUUGAAGAACUUCUUCAAGGGGAGGAACUUUCUUGCCUGUGCUUCACGGAUGGUGUCACUGUUGCCUCAAUGCCCCCAGCCCAGGCCCACAAGCGGUUACUGGAUGGCGACCAGGGUCCAAACACUGGAGGGAUGGGAGCUUAUUGCCCAGUGCCUCAGGUUCCAGACGUUCUUCUAGAGAAAAUCACUGAUGCUAUCCUGCAGCAUGUUAUUGAUAGUAUGAGACAAGAAGGAACAGCAUAUGUAGGUGUGCUGCAAACAGGCUUAAUGCUUACCAAAGAUGGUGUGAAAAUUUUAAACUUUAAAUGUCAGUUUGGUGACCCUCAGUGCCAGGUAAUUCUUCCACUGCUUAAAAAUGAUUUUUAUGAAGUGAUUCAAGCAACAAUUGAUGGCAAGCUCUGUAGCUUCAUGCCUGCCUGGUCAGAAAAUAGUACAGCUGUGUGUGUGGUCAUGGCAAGUACAGGAUACCCAGGAGACUAUGACAAAGGCAUGGAGGUAACAGGGCUGCUUCAAGCCAAAGAGUUAGGGCUGCAGGUGUUCCAUGCUGGCACAACGCUGAAGGACGGCAGAGUGGUGACAAGUGGUGGCAGAGUCCUCUCUAUCACUGCUGUUAAGGAGGAUCUGAUGAAAGCCCUGGGAGAAGCCAACAGGGGAGUAGCAGCCAUACGUUUCAAGGGUGCCACUUACAGGAAGGACAUCGGCCAUCGGGGUAUACGGCUUCUCAAACAGUCUCUAGGUCUGAUAUACAAGGAGAGAUGUGUGGAAGCUAUAACCAGUGAUGCUUUGAUUCAUCAGCCAGCCACAUCAGUUGCAAGUGGUACCAGAUCAGGCUGUCAUUCAGAAGUAAGAGGAUUUGCUGGUUUCUUUGACUUGAAAGCAUCUGGUUAUGAUGAUCCUAUCUUGGUAUCUCGAACUAAAGGCCUUGGACCUAAACUGCAGAUUGCACAAGCAUGUAAGAAACAUGACACCAUAGGUCAGGACCUGGUUGCCAUGUGUGUCAAUGACAUCCUGGCUCAAGGAGCAGAGCCGCUCUUCUUUCUCAGCUAUUUCGCCUGUGGCAAACUUGAUGUUGAAGUGACUCAAACAAUCAAAGGAGGAAUUGCUGAGGCUUGCAAAAAUGCUGGAUGUGCUUUUUUGGGCAGGGAGGUGGCUGAGAUAACUGGCAUGUAUUCUUCUGGAGAGUACGAUCUGGCUGGCUUUGUUGUUGGUGCAGUGGAGCGAGGGCAGAUGUACUUGGGACUGCAGAGAGCUGAUGAGGAGGAUGUGCUUAUUGGACUAGCUUCCUCUGGGGUUCAUGGCCGUGGCUUUAGCAUCAUAAGAAAGAUUCUCCUAAUGUCCUCCUUACGCUACUCCUCUCCAGCUCCUGGCGGAUGUAGUGGCAAGACUCUAGGAGAAAUACUGCUGACUCCAGCAAAAAUGUACAGUCAAUCUCUGCUUCCUGUCCUUCGCUCAGGGCACGUGAAGGCUUUUGCCUUUAUUGCUGAGGAGGGGUUGCUGGAGGGCAUCCCCAGAAUCCUGCCAGAACAUGUCAGUGCAGUCCUUGAUGCUCUCAGCUGGAAGAUUGCUGACAUAUUUUGCUGGCUUUACAAAGAGGGAAACCUCUCUGAGGAGGAGAUGGCUCAGACAUUUAAUUGUGGGAUCGGUGCAGUCUUGGUUGUGCAGAAGGAGCUGGCUGAACAUGUUCUAAAGGAUAUACAGAGGCAUGAGGAAGCCUGGCUGAUUGGGAAAGUUGUUGCCCCUUGUCACACAGGAGGUUCUCGCGUCAAAGUCAAGAAUCUUCUUGAAGCUCUACAGCUGAGCAGCCCCCAGCGUUUGCUGAAUCAUGCUGAUGUAGAGAGUCCACACCAGCCCAGAAAGAGCAAAGCUAAGGUAGCUGUUCUCAUCUCUGGAACAGGCACAAACCUUGCAGCACUCAUCAGUUAUGCAAAAGAACCAGGCAGUUUUGCUGAAGUUGUUCUUGUCAUCUCCAACAAGUCUGGAGUAGAAGAACUACGAAACGCAGCCCGGGCUGGAAUUCCCACGAGGGUGAUUGAUCAUAAGUUGUAUGGGAGCCGCUCUGAAUUUGACAGCACAAUUGACCGAGUUCUUGAAGAAUUCUCUGUUGAACUGAUAUGCCUUUCAGGAUUUAUGAGAAUUUUGUCCAGUCCUUUUCUCAGAAAAUGGAAAGGGAAAAUUUUGAAUGCUUCCCCAUCACUUUUCCCACCAAACAAAGAUGGAAAUGCCAAUCAGCAAGCCCUGCAAACAGGCCUCAAAGUCACAGGCUGCACAGUGCAUUUUGUCUUAGAGGAAUCUAGUCCAAAAGCAGUCAUCCACCAGGAGCCUGUGUCUGUGAAGGCAGAUGACACUGAGGAGACACUGUCAGAAAGGGUUAAAGAAGCCGAGUGUCGGGCAUUUCCCAUUGCCCUGCAGCUGGUGGCCAGUGGAGCAGUGAAGUUAGGAGCUGAUGGUAGAACCUGCUGGAAACAAGGGGACCAAAGUUCGUGUCUUCAGGAAGAGAAGAGAGGCUGUGCUUCCUCAUCUGUGACUGUGGAGCCACGAGAUGACAAUGCGUUGUAGCCAGGUUAGGGAGAGGUUUGCUUUCUUCUCAUCUUUCCCUCCUUCUUCCUUCCCUUGGAUGUGCUUUUCUCUGACUUCAGGUGUGUCAGUGUCACGCAUUUCCAUUCUGAGCUGUGAUCUGUUUCCCAUGGGUUAUGGGUUUAGUUACACUUCUUUUAUGAAAUUGUCUGGGGAAGCCAGAUUGUCAUUUCGGAUUUUGAAUUUUUUUGUUCCAUUUUUUGAUCUAUAAAGAAGAUACUGUGCUGUAAAUCAAAGAGGGUGGUGGGGAGUUAAGUUGUUGGGAAGAUGGCCUGAUGCUUCAGAGGGAAAUUAAUUAUUUUGAAGGAUCAAUAUUUGGUGGCUGACUGGUGGCACAACCCUCAGGCCUGACUGGAACCACUGAAGAUGUCCUUUUGCUCCCUGAUGCUUUGGCAUCACCACCAACUCCUCUGAGCUAGAGUAUUUGUGUGAACUCAGUGGGGUUAGUACAGGGAGCCUCCGGCUGCCGCUCAGCUGUCGCCCUGGAGUGGACGAGGAAUGCUUCCUGGUUCCCGAGGCUUUGAGGGGGCAACCGUAACCUCCAGGAGAGGCAGAGUAACAAAUGUUUGGGGCCCCAGCUGCUUGCAGGACAUGUACAGAAGGUCUGAGGCAGCUAAAAGCCAAACAGUAGCACUGAAUAUUAGUGAUAUUUUCUGGUGUUUGUGACCAGAGUCAUGCUUAUUCAAGCUACACCAGACUGCUUUCACCCACGGGGUGUUUGUGGCAGAGUAAUGUGGAGUAUGUGACGUUAAUCAAUUCAACCCUCGCUUAAAAUGUUUAACUCCCGUUGACUGCCAAACUCCAAAAUUGCUCUUACUGGCACUUUGAUCUGGCGUGGUGCUCUCAAAUAGACAAAAGCGGGCAGGGAAGAUACUGUUUGAAUAAAAUCUCUUUGUAGGUCUUUUUAACAAGUAUAGAUGUCUAGUGAGCUGCCAAGCAGAAGAUCCAAAGGUGAACAAUGGCAGACAACUUUUAGAAGGCAAAACAAACCAAACUCCCCUGCGAGGAUUAUUUGUCAGUUGUUGUAUCAUUGAAUACUGAUGGUCACUCCAAGCACUUUCCCCUAUUCCUUGAAAGUGGGGAGCAGGCAAGAGUCCCAGAAUUUAAUGUUAAAACUUUUGGAUCUUGGGGAAGAAAUGAUUAGAGGGACUAGGAAGACUCUUACUGGAUUACAGGCAUUUUCCUUCCUUCAUCCUUGAAAUCAGCAGAACAAGACAGACCCAGCUUGACCUGCAGUGGCAGAAAAAUUUCCAUUUUCUCUGUGUUGACCAUAUGAUUGCCUAACCCAGAGAGCUUUUAAAUAAAACCUUUAUUUUGUGGGAGGCUUAUUUUAUAUCUGCUAGAAUAAUAACAUGCAGGCAAGUAACAUAAGUCAGGGGAAAAAAGCAGCUAAGAAGCUGUUUGAACAAACUAGAGAAGUAACUGGAGCUGAAUUUUCCAGGGGAUGGUUCACUAAUAGCCAUUAGAUGUAGUGAACAAAAUGUAUUCUUGUUUUGGAAUUGAAUUACAAGUACUGUACUAGUAAGAGGCAUACUGUAUAUCUGGCUCAUGGCAAUAUCAGGCUCUUUGAAAGCAUGUGUCAACUCUAAUAAAAAGCUUAAAAUUCUCUUGUUUUUACAUGUGGAUACGGCUAAGUGUUUUACUAGUUCAGGAGGGGGGAAAAAAAUGUGUUCCCUCCCAUCAGCUCUGCCAUUCACAUACAGAAAUCUGUAUUUGUCUUUUGCGCUACAGUGACUGCAGCAAAGAACGUGUAUUUUCACAAAGAUCUCAGAGGAAUAGGAGGAACUGUCACAAGGACAGAUUAACAAAUGUUUGGACAACAUCUAUAAGAAACAUUACUGCUUUUGCUCUUGAUCUGUUGUAACUGUACAGUAACUUUGUGUUGUAUAUGCUUUGAAUUGCAUAGCGCAAUUGUUUCCAAUCUAACAAA